GCUGCUUUUUUGCACGUUCCUGCACGUAACUUUAUUCACAACGGCACAUAAUAAUCUUGUCCUGAGGCUACCGAGCCUGCACGCUGCUGUGAGGCGAGCGUUUGAAUCGAGACACGUCCCGGAGACAAUUCUCCUGAGAGCACGUGGCUGCAGCCGCCGCGAACGGACGAAUUAAACCGCUGGACCGCAAGAUGGGCGAGUCGGAGGCGCAGCGCCCGCUCUACGGCCGUUUAAUGAAAGCCAUCGACGUGCAGCACACGUGGGGCAACCGCGUCGGCUUCGUGAAACUGCCUUUGAUCAUGCUCGACAUCCGGUUGUACGGGGGCGCGAUCGCGCAGUUUUAUAUGGUGACGGAGGCCCUCGAGGCUCAACUGGAGAGGCACGCCGAUCACAAGCUCGUCGCGCACGUGCGAAGGGCGAUCGCGCUCCCGGACCUCGCGCCGGGCUACGCGGCCGACCUGAGGCAGAUCUUCGGGGAUGGUGCGUGGCCCGCUCCGACGGCGGCGACGGACGAAUACGUGGACGCGUUACGUCGAGCCGGCCCCGUCGAGCUCGUCGCGGCCCUGUUCAUCCUGUACGGCGCGCUCGUCGUCGGCGGCGGGAAGCAGACGCAACGCAAGGUCAAGCGCUUAUUACCGGGCUGCGACCACGUGCUCUUCGACGUAAGCGAGGACAUGCGGGCCGCGCGGCGGCGCUUCAAGAACGCGUUCACGUCGAUUGGUAAGGACCACGCGGGCGUCGCGGCGGUCGCGCCCGAGUGCGCCGACGACCUCGUGCGGUACGCUUCCCUAUAUAUGCGCCGCAACAACGCGGUCGUCCUGUCCGUGCGCGUCACGCCGGGUUGGUUCUGGCCGGCGGUCGCGGUCGGCGCGGCGGCGGUCGCGGUCGCGGUGGCGCGGCGACGAAGGUGACUGGUCCUAAGAGCUUGUAUUUGUGUGA